AGGUCUCGAGGCUGCGGGCAUUUCCGUGGCAGCGGAAAAUUGCCAGUUCCACGUAACCGUUGCCCGCCACUCGGCGUUAUUUCCCGCGUUCCUCGAGCGCGCGAUGUUCGCGUCGGUGUGUCGUGAUCGCGAUCUUGGCUCGUUUCGUCCGUGUCCUACGCGACUUUCGACCUUUACGCGCCGCUCUCGCGCGUCGUCCGAUGCUCGUCCACGCUCCGGUAGCCGCGAGUGAUUCCAUCGAAUCAACGAAUCCGAGUGUCGAACCGGAGAUGGAGCACCGCCGGUGUCCGUGAACGAUUAACCUGUGCGUCGGCAGAGUUGGCCUCCGUUUCAUCCAAUUACUCUGGUCGGAGGCGUCGUUUCGGCGCUUCUCGCGACGAUUCUCUUUUACGAGCGACCAGCGUUCCAGGAUAAUUAAAUCGCGUCGGCGAAGGGACAGGUCGGCGUUUAAAGUCGAGUCCUCGAACGCGUAGGAGCAACUCGUAGGGACGUGCUAAUCGAUUAAGUCGAUCCGUCGAUCCUCGAAUCGGGCAACUGCGUCGUUAGCAUCGCGACGUGGCUCGUAAAAGUUUUAUUGUUCCGCUCCGCGGACACGCGGGGCAGGGGCGGAUAAAGGAGGUCUGCUGGAGGCUCUGGCUACGAUAUCUACGUGAUCGUUGAAUUCAUAGCUACGAGUCCCGCGCGGCCUAUGCGCCGUUUCGUUAAUUAUCAUCGAGCUAGUAGCCUGUGCGGAUCGAAAGAGGAGAAGGGAGAAGCAGUGGCACGGGACCAUUCGGCACGACGAUGUCGGCUCGAACGAAAAGUGCCGGCCGGUCGUGCGAUACGGGCAUUAGCUCGCGACCUUCCGUCGCAGUUUUCGCGUCGCGUCAUCGACUAUUUGUGUAUCUAAAAAGACCCAGCGGAUUCUGAGAGCGCGACGGGGAUCCGCGAAGAGGAGGAAGAAGAGGAACGAAAAGAGGCGGCGGAGGAGGUGACACGGCGUACGUUGGCCGACGAGUUGGGGACUGGCAAAGAAAUUCCGUGCCGUGUGUUGCUCGAGGAAUCGAGAACGGGCCGUGUAAUUCGGUCGACUUCUGGGCAAGUUCGAUGCGAGGAAUGUUCGCGGGAUGAAGGCAAAGCUGUCACGAAAAGAGCUGGACGAUCUCUUUAGCGAGGGUGCUAGAUUCCGGGAUACCUCGCAGCAAAUCCAUAAGCAAUGGCAAGCGGAUCCGGUACGAGCGUUUCCAACAGUUGGCACUCUCACCGCAGGCUCAGUCUCGCCAACGUCGGGCGAAAUUUCAACCCCGAAUUCGACGCCCAGUCCGAGCCCUAGUCCCACCAACAGUCAACAAGUCGCGCAUAAUGGGGGUUACGAGGCGCAGCCGAAGAACGUUAACACCAUUGCGAGGAGCAAGCAGCAACAACAGGUACAAACGUCCUCGUCGACGACGACACCCGCGAGGACGCCCGGCGUCGGCGCGGACGCGACGACGACAGGAUCUGGAAAGGGCGGAGGUCGUGUCACGGAAGUAAUGGAGCUUUGUUACGUCACCGAAAGAAUCAUUGCACUCUGGUACAGGGAGGAUGCGCAGGGAGUCCUUGAACACGCUACCGCACUCCUGCGGGGAAAGCACGCUGAUAAUUAUAUGAUAUUCAACCUGUCGUCGCCCGGCCGCACAGGGGAGCCAAACACCAGGGAAGCAGGCUGGCCGCAGGGUCUGGCACCCAGUUUGGAAAGACUGUGCGCCCUAUGCAAGGAGCUGGACUCCUGGCUGAACGAUGCUCCGAAUCGCGUGGUCGUUCUCCACGCCAGGGGAAGCAAAGAACGAUUGGGUGUGGCUGUGUCCGCGUACAUGAACUACAGCAGCAUCUGCGGUGGACGUGAUCAGGCGUUGGACAGGUUCGCUAUGAGGAGAUUCCUCGACGACAAGAUUGGAUCCCUGCAGGUUCCGUCGCAUCGAAGGUACAUCAAGUAUUUCAGCGGACUUCUCUCAGGUUCCUUGAGGAUCAGUCAAUCUCCGCUCUAUUUAACACAUCUCACCGUCCUGGGUGUUCCGCUGUUCGAACCCACGGGUUGUCGAGCGUUCCUCAAGGUCUACGAAGGGCUGACUCCUGUCUACACCUCCGAUCUGUAUUCCGUGACGAACGCUCGCGAGUUCACCGUGAAUCUCGGUGGGCUUCGUCUGAGGGGAGACAUUCUGGUGAAAUGUUACCAUAGGGUAUACUCGAAGCAGAGCCGGGAAGUGAUGUUCUCCCUGCAGUUCCACACGUGCGUGAUCACGGAGAACGUGGUGUCCUUCCCUCGAUCGGAGCUGGACGUGGCCUGCGACGAUCCACGGUGUCCACCCGACAGCGUGGUCACGCUGUACUUCGCCACCGACGCGAAGCGUCAAGAUGGACCGAUACCGGCGCCGACGCCGGCCGUGCCGCACGCUUCCGCUCAUCACGACCCCAUCCUGCACUGGGACAGCUACACGAAUCUCGAAAUCAGCGACGACGAAGGACGGGAAACGCCAUUAUCACCGCCACCACCUUCGAGUUCCUCCGUUCAGACGUCACCUCGCGGAUUGGGUUACACCUGCGGUCCCAUAGAUGGAUCUCUGUACGCUGUGGUACACCAGGGUGCUGCCGGUGGUGCCCGUGGCUCACCAUUGACAGUUUCCAUGGACAGCGGCAUCAGCAGCGCUCCACCACAGCGACCUAGUCCACCGGAGCCGGAGCCGGAUAACCAGGCUCAUGGUGAUCUUGAUAAGCUUCUGCAUGAUAUGAUGCUUACCGUCGAGUCGAUGCCAGAUCCUCCGUCAGAGGACUACAGAACGGACAGAAGCGAUAAAAUGUACAUUCAAGAAACCCGUAGCUAUAGCAGCCACACGAGCAGCCAUUCCCCCUCGACUUACUCCACGCUGAAGGAUUCGUACAGAAAUUACAGCAUCGCGAAAGAGUCCAGUCCGCCGUACAACUCGAGCAGCAGUUACAGCACCCUGAAGAACGAGUACCGGGAACCGGCCAAGAUCGAACAUCGAAGAGAGGAAUUCGAGUACCGUAUGUCGCCGGAUCGAAAAAUCUCCGAUUCCUCCACGGAUUCGUACAGAAAACACGCGGACUCGUUUUCGCCGCCUGGCAAUAUCGAUUACAUCGACGAGGACAUCCCUUAUCACGCGAGGCAAACGAGCCAGCCGUUUUCGUACGGCGCCACGCCGGACAUGAUCAAGCAUCAGAAACUUUCGUCGCCUUCCCUGGUUCGGAAGGCGUCCGUACGAGGAACUGCACCCGUCGUGGACUUCGAAGACAUUCUCGGCGAGAAUUCCAGGCGACCCAUCAGCCCUCUCAGUCCAAACACGCCCGAUCCUCCGCCAGAGUUUGCCAAUGGUCCCGCGAAGAACAGUUCGGACCACGUGGACGGAUUAUCAUGGUUGAGGCAGCAGCAGUUGAAACUCGCCGCGAGGAGGGAUGAAAGAAACCCGGGAAAACUUUGGCGACAGGAGACUGGAAAUCGCAUGAUCGGCGAGCUGAGAAGCUUGCAGAGAGGCAGGCUGAGGCACGACGGGUAUGCCAGCGAUUCCGCCGUGCUCGACGACGAUGAUGACACGUGGGUCGUUAAUUCCACUUCCGGACAGACGCAAUCGAGAUCCAUACCUUACACGUCCGCGCCGGCGAGCCCGCUGCUUCCGCAACGAUCGAGCAGCCGGAAGUACAACGGUACCUCCGGAACCGGUACCCUAGGAAGACCUCGGGCGGAGAGCGUGAACGAGCGUCCCUUCAUGUCCGUGAAACGGGCGUACGAAUAUCGCAAAUACAGCGACAGCCAGAGCCCUCCGACAUCCCCCCGCUCAGGCUUAGCAAGCACGCAACCCUUAGGAUUAGCAAUGCAGCAACAAGCAACCUUCAUUAACACGGACAAGCCCCAGCCGCCACGGCCAGAGUCCCGCAGCGACAGUUUCGCUCGCGCCGACGCUUUGCUGCGCGAGCACCGACAGCAACAGCAACAGCUCGCCGCCAGCAACGCGAUCAACAGUCACGCGGAGCAGAAAGAGGCGACGGGUCAGGAUUUCGUUUCGACCACGGCUCGAAAUUCUCGACCGGAGUCGCGAAAUCGAGUGGUCACCUAUCAGAGCCUCGGCAGAACCACCGUGUCCAGCAACGACAGGACCACCGACCACGUGGACGCCGGAUUGCUGACCAUGGUCGAUCAGCAAUCCAGCGUGCAGAGCAAUCCGGACCCUCUCGUGAGCCUCAUUCGAUCAUUGGCUGAAAUUUCGCCCAUUCGCUCGCCCCCAUCGGUCGCUAACAGCAAGACAGACGCGAACGAUCAUCACGCGAGCAUCAGCGCAGCAUCCACGACCACUGCGAGCAGCAACGUUGUUAACGCCAUCGCUAAUUGCUCCCCUAACCAGUCGCCCAAAGCAUGGCAGAAUUGCACCCAGUCGCACAAUGACUCGGCAUCAUCGUGGACCGAGAGGAGCGUGAGUCCCGGAAGUGCCGUGGCCAGCAGCGCGUCGAGGCCGCAAACGCCGGCGUUUCCGGUACAUCCUCGGACCCCGUACGUGAACAACUCUUCGCCUACGGUUACGUUCGCGGCCGACCGAGCCUACGGCACGAACACCAGCUACAACGCGAGCAACAACAACAAUAACGUGAACAACGUCGAGGCAACCGGGAAUAAUAAUAACAACGUCGGAAAUUAUGCCAGCGAACGAACGAUCUACAUCGAAGAAAGAAGAGAAGUCUCGAAGGAGACGGGACUUCCACCCAAGAGUCCGACAACACAGAGCAGAGAUCACUCGAUGGGAUUUUAUCUUCCAUCGUACAUCGGCGAUGGUGCAUCGAUUGUGACACAGAACGAUAUUCGUGAUUCUAGACGCUUGAGUUUCCCGGCAAGCGGGCCACUUAAACAAACGCAUAACAAACGAUGGCCGCUCACUAACCAAUCGGCGUCGUUCGACUAUAGCAAGGACCGAUCUGUUUCUCCGAUAAACGAGCCAACGAUGCAGCAGUCGCAAGCUGUCUCGCGCAGCCCUGGUACUCCGACUCACAUUGAAUUUGUCCAAAGUCCUAAGAGCGCCACGUCGUAUACUUCCAUAAAUAGCGGUGGCCAGUCUUCUCCACAGGUCCAGUAUUACGGUUCAAGACGGUCCAGUGUUCACUCGAACACCGAGCCCCAAGAAGUGGCCGAUGCCAACGUGAAAUUUGUACGCGACACCAGCAGGAUCUGGUACAAGCCGAACAUAUCUCGGGAGCAAGCAAUCUCGAUGCUGAAGGAUGCAGCGCCAGGAACGUUCGUCGUACGAGACAGCAACUCCUUCCCAGGAGCCUUUGGACUCGCUCUGAAGGUAGCGACUCCGCCUCCAGGUGCGCCGAGCAGCCCUAGGGACCCGUCUAGCGAGCUGGUCAGGCACUUUUUGAUCGAACCCACCUCCAGGGGUGUCAGAUUAAAGGGAUGCGCCAACGAGCCAGUUUUCAGCUCGUUGUCAGCGUUAGUUUACCAGCACAGCUUGAUGGCGAUGGCUCUACCCUGCCAGCUGUUGCUUCCAGAGCCGGAAGCCGCAGCCAGAGCACUCGAUUCACCUGGGACAAACAGCACGCAGCAACUGCUCGCACAGGGUGCAGCCUGUAACGUUUUAUACCUUUUCACCAUGGACACCGAGUCACUGACGGGGCCUCAAGCCAUCAAGAAGGCAGUCACGACCAUGUUCGAACAGAAGCCACUGCCUACAGCGACUAUCGUUCAUUUCAAAGUGUCCACUCAGGGGAUAACCCUGACGGAUAACGCGCGGAAGCUCUUCUUCCGUAGACAUUACCCCACGAAUAAUAUCAGUUACUGCGGAUUGGACACGGAGGAACGCACCUGGGACUUUGCCAGCGAGGAGACUGGACGACCAGUCAGUGCCCAUCGAUGCUUUGGAUUCGUGGCCAGAAAACCUGCGCACAAAUCGGACAAUCAGUGCCACGUGUUCGCCGAGCUGGAACCAGAGCAGCCAGCCACGGCCAUAGUGAAUUUCGUGAACAAGGUCAUGAUGGGCAACUCCAUAGCGAAGGCCAACAUCGUGUAAAUCGUCUUAUUCGUCGCACGCGUCCUCCGAAAUGCUCGAAUAGCGGUUUCAUCUUCGAGACCGAACAGAAUCGAGGAAAUAAAGGUUGAAGACGAUUCAUCGAGAAGGAAUGAAUACGCGACCCGAUGUCGUUUACGAAGAAGAAUACUAAGAACGUACUAUUCGAAAGAAGCUAGUUGACCCUCGUAAUAGGUCUCCGCGCAUUUCGUGAACGUAGAACCGAAUCAGUAGAGUGCAUGAACGUUCUAAAAGCAAAAUGUAGUAGAGAUUAACGAUAGAGAUUGUAUCGUUAUUGUUAUAAAAGAGAAGAGGUAUCGAAGUGAUAUGCGAAACCCGAUUCCAUCCUCGCGUCAGCGAUCGCACGAUUUAGAAGAGAAUGUUGUUACACGACGAUCGUUACUGCUGGUUAUUACAUUAGCGAGUAGUAGAGUAAUAUAAACGAUACUCGGAGCAAAGUACGAUGCUGCGAUCGCAACUUCCCGGAUUCCUUCUGUAGAACAUACACGGUUGUGUUACAAGUUGUAUAAAAAGAAGAAGAAAAAGAAAAACUCGGGGAUUUACAUUAGGAAUUAUCGUAACGAUUAUUCGUUUAUCGUUGACCAUUUUGUACGAAUUUUUUACGUCUAGAUCGAUCUUUGUAUUAAUUAAAACGUCGAGGAACAUUUUCCGUAGAUCCUUCAAUUAUCUUUUUGUCAAUCGUAUUCGUUGAGGGACGAAGUUACGCAAUGCGACGUUAUACUUUGCUUCCAGCGAGAAACUAUUAAACGAACGAUAUGCAAGCGAACGUACCGAUAGUUGGUAGGAAUAGUUGACGAGUAUCGACCGUGCUCAUUGCGCGAAUCUCGAAGAUCGUCGCGCAUUCGAAGCGCAGACUCGCGAGUACGUGGCUCGAUCGUGAAACGCAGAAUAGUUACAUAUAUGUACGUACACGUAUGUAAGUACACUGUUGCGAAAUGAUAAAAGAAAAAAAGAAAAAAAAAAAAAGAAAAAAAGAAAAAAAAACAUAACGCAGGAAAUAGUUGAAUAUCCAUAUACGUUAUUAAUCACGUUAUACUUGGGACUCUCGAGUAAUGUUUAUCGAAGAAAUGUUACGUCGUUGCGGAGCCGUGCCUGUGUAUCGUAGCCCGCGAUGUUCCCUGGGAAAGCAGCGGUUUAACGAAUAAAACGUUCUAUAAAUAACUGUAAAUAAGUUAAACAGAAAGUACGAAUAGCGUCGGUGAAAGACGACAUCCGUAACGAGAAGGUGGAAGGUGGAAGGAAAGAAUGGGCAGUCGGAAGAGAGGAGAGAAUCGAUUCUCCGGGCGUCAGCGUGACGGAACAAAAUAAACGAUACUCGGAGAGGAGUAGCGUAUCGAAACGAAACAUCACAUUUUGUUUGAUGACUCCCCGUAGGUUCUUGCCAUUUAUUCGUCCUCGCGAGCGACAUCCUUCGUCCGUGGAAGAAGCUCGAACCGACGAAGGAAGAUCCGAUCGGCGGGGACGACGAUAAGCAGUCAAUUAUUACGAAAGAAAUGUUAUAUGUAAUUACGACAAUACCGUGCCACGAGAGGGGAUCUACGAUAACGAAAUGCUUAUCGUAUCCCCGACGUCGCGAUAAUCUUCUUUCUUUCCCUUCGUCUACUUUUUGCACUUGCUUUAACUGGUAAUCGAGAAGAUCGGUCGGAUCUUUAUGACCUCCUGCCUCUUUAUCCGGAUCUUCCGGUUCGUCAAACGAUCUCGGGAGACAAACGGAGGCGGGGAACUUUUGUUGGACACUGUACUAGUCAAAAUUCGAUGUGUAUACUCGAACGAACAGAGAAUUCGACAUAGAGAUCUCGAUCCCUUUGCCAAGGGACGAGCAUAACGCAAAUCGUCCGAUCUUUCUUCCCGAUUCUUCUCUGUUUUCUUCUUCGUUGUCGCGGCUCGUGGCCGCGUUUCCGGUCGCGAGACGCGAUCGUUGUCUCGUCUUUAUAUGUUUCAAUUUUCGUACACGUGGAAAACUGACUAACAGAGUAACAUUAAUUUAACACCAGUCAUUAUUAUAAUAAUUAUUAUUAUUACUUAUUUACGCCCUCUUAUUACGUACGUUCACGCAAUAAUUGUAUUGCUGCAUACCUGAACGGGUAUGUUCUUAUAGUUGUAACGAUAAUAAACCAUAUUCGCAGCGUAA